CACAAACAAGAUUUAUUUUAAGUAAUGGAAAUUUAUAUGUAUCAUUAAAGAAUGGACGAAUCCUUUCUUUUUCUUUUUUUUUUGUUCAUUAGAUGAAAGAGCCUUCUAUACCUAAAGCAAUUAAUAUUAUACGUCCUCAUCCAAAGUCACUUGUAAGAAAUGAGUGCCUAAAUAUCAAGACAAAUGUCAGUCUGCAUGAAUCAAAGCCAACAUUUCAUCUGUAUAAUCCUAAAAAAAUAUUGCAGCAUUCGAAACCUCCUCCUCCUUUACUAAAAAAACCAAGUAUUGAACUCUACAAACCAAAGAAACAACUGUAUAUGUUACAGUCAAAGGACCAAAUGACGAUGUCUGAAACAAAUCAAGUCAACAACAAGGAGAAUUUAUAUACACCAACUCAAAAAGAGCAUAUACCCAAUGACAGUCAUACUGGUGAUGAGUUAGGACUGCCUGAGCCACGUAUCAAUAGAAAGAUCGCUGAUUUAGAGAUUUCAAACAAAUCCUUGCUGAUUAUUAACGAAAUGUUGGAGUCCACAGUUAAAAGUCAGGCUAAACAAGUUGCUUCUUUCAGAACCCAAUUACAAAUGACUCAAACAAUUGAAGAAGCAAAUCAGCAAAGUCCAAUUCAACUGACAGAGAAUGAAGAGCAAGAAGAAGUAUGGGAGCAUGAUGAGCAGUUUAAUCGCCUUAGAAGAAUAACUGAAUCAUUGAUCGAACAAGGUCAAAGAGCUUUGGUAUAUCAAGUUGGAAUGAGUGGACGUGUUCUUGUCACAAGUAAUGUGUAAACAAAUGAAUCUUACAUAACAGAUCUAUAGGUCAUCAUUAUCAUCCUGUAAGAUCAAGCAGUACAACAAGACAAUCUGAACAACACCAACAAUAAUAAACUAUAUGUACAAAUUUUAUUUAUUUAAAAAA